AUGAGAAAGUUUUAUUUCAAAUUCCAAGAUUUGAAGAUUUGGCAGUGGAAAAGAACGGAUGAUCAUUGGAAGAACUGUAUUGGGUAUAGUUUGAAAAAUACUGGUAUUUGUAUUGCUCACGGAUUGAAUAGAAUCAUGUAUACAAUGUUAGCAUUAACUAUAGGUUCGAACGAAGAUGAUAUGAGAUAUUUUGCAGCAUUAUUCAGCACUGGAUCUAUUGACGACAGAUUCCUCAAUAAGCAAUUGAUGAAACCAUAUAUCAGAUCAGAUUUGUUACUGUAUUAUGAUAACAUUGUUUGGACAAAUAAUGGUAUUAAGGUUAAAGAAACCAACCCACAAAAUCAAGCACGGAAUAAUGGAGUUGGAUCAACAACAGUUGAAUUUAAUCAACUACUAUUCAAAAUGACAGACAAAAUCGUUGUCACAUUUGAUGUAUGGUUCCCAAUUAUGCAGAAAUAUUUUGAGGAGAGGAAUAGAAUAAGUUCAUUAUCCAGAAUAUCUCAAUGUAUUGCUCAAAUGCAACAAGAACAACAAAUUGCUGAAAGGCCGAAAUUGGAUGAUAAUAUAAAGCGAUUAUGGAGGAAUUUUCAAGAUGUAUGGAAGUUGUGCUAUGAUGAUAGAGACGUUUGGAACGCUUAUAAGGCUAAUGAUUAUAUUCUUCCAAAAUUAAUUCUAGAGAUUUUCCACAAAUCAAUGUACAAGAAUGUAGGCGAGUCUGCUAAUGGUAUUGCCGAUUAUGUUCAUAUCAUUUGUUUCCAUCUAAUUGAAUUAUUUGAGAAAUUCGGGCUUGCCCCAUGGGAAUAUCAUAAUAUUGAUUCAGAAGCUUUACAUUCGCAUCAGAAGACUACUGAAAAUGCAACAACUUUAAAUGGUGGAUGCUUUCAUGAUGAAACAGAGGAUUUGCUUGUUAUGGAUUUGAAGAAAUUCUUCUGUAGAUUGGGUGAUGACUCUUUCUUGUGUGAUAUCUAUGAUAAUAAUAAAGCUGUUUCUUAUAGAUAA